AUGUUCAUUAAUACAGCUUUGAUUUAGACAUUAAAUGAUGCUUUAGCAGCAACGUAAAAUGGAUAAACUAACAAAUAAGGAGAGCAAAUGCUCAGGGAAUUAAGAGAGAAUCCUUAGUAUCCCAUCCUUUUAUUCGAUUACUUUUAAAACUAGGGAAACAUGGAUUAACUUCGUUUAUUGGCAGCAGUUUAAUUCUAGCAUUGGUUCAAAGAAUAUAAGAACGCUGAUGACUACCUCGUUUAAUAAUACAGCGAAAUUGUAUCUUCUGUUAAGCAAUCUAUAAUUUAGUGUUUCGUGAGCACAAAUAAAAAUAUUAGCAAAUAAGUAGAACAAGCAAUUCUCUUUUUAGCUUCUAAAGAAUUUCCCUAUCGUUGGAAUACUCUUAUUCAAGAACUUAUGAGCUAUAUUGACUUUAAUCUGCAAAAUAAUGAACAAAAUAUUAGAAUAUUAAAAGUUUUAGAUAAGAUUACUGACAGAUAUUCAUAUAGCAUGCGUUCUGAUGAAUUGUUUACUGAAAUUAUUAUAGUUUGUGACAAUUGCCAUGACCACUUAUAUAAGCUGAUAGAAAAUGUUUUGUUAGGCUUAGAAUAAUAGCACGACACUCUUAACACUGUCAAGAUUUUGAAGUUCAUUAUGAAAAUAUUUUAUAAUUUAAAUUACUAGGAUUUGCAUCCUAAGUUUGAAGAUAAUUUGAACAACUGGAUGGGUUUUCUCUCAAAGACAAUUUAGAUUAAGGUCGAUCCUGCUACUAUGGGCGGUCACGAUGUUACUCUCUUUAAAGCAAAGGGUGAGUGUCUUAGAGCUGUAUUACUUUAUGCAACUAGAUAUAGAGAAGAAUUUUAAGAUUUAAUUGAACAUUUUGCAGGUGAAAUUUGGACAAUGUGCAGUAUUACAGAUUAAGAUCAAAAGUUUGAUAAGAUUGUUAUUAAUGCACUUAAGUACUUUAAGAAUCUAGUUUUAUGGCAAGAUUUAGGAAGCUUCUUUAAGUAAAAUAUGAAUAACAUCAUGACUUCUCUUAUCAUUCCUAACUUAGGAGUCAGUUAAAUGGAAAAGCUUCAAUUUGAAGAUGAACCAACAAGCUUCCUUGAAUCUUUCUUCUAAUUUUCCGACAUUAACACUCGUAAAUCUGUAACAGUAGACCUUCUCAAGAAUAUAGCCAAGGGUUUCGGUGAUGAAUUAGUUGGAUAAAUAAAAAAUUACAUAUUAGAAUAUAAAAAUCUCCUCGAUUCCACAGGAUAGUUUAAUAUUGAAACAGAAGUGAUUUUAUUAAAUCUAAUUAUUGAUGGCGCAACAGUGGCAUACAGAGAUAAAGAAGGUGUUACUGAAAUAUGUCUCCCUGCUGAAUUAGUUACAUAUAUCUAUGAAAAUAUUAUCAAGCCUACUCUUGGAAAAAUGUUUAGUGUUUUGAGCUAGAACUAAAACAUGUUAGUAGAACAAUAAUACAACACCUUGCAUGUCUGCUAUUAUUUAAGAUUUUUCUAUUACUUUAGAAAUAUUAUUAACAGGGAUGAAAUUUUAGAAUUAGCUAGAAUCGUUUCUUUCUUUUUAAGAUCUAAGCAAGAAUCCUUAGUAGGAUUAGCUGCCAUAACAAUUGAAGGCUUGCUUAAUUUGAAAGAAGGCGACUUAAAAAAUUACAUUAAUGUUAAGAAUUACUUCAACAAGGAUAAUGUUUAUCCACAAAUUAAUGAAAUUAUCAUGAAUCUCUAUCUUUGUUGCCAAAGCCAAGAAGAAAUUGACGGAAACCUUCUUAAAACUUUAUUUUAUAUCAUCAACUUGCUCAAAGAAAAAUCUCUUGAAAAAUUUGAUUUAUUUGUUGGCUUGUUUAAUGAUUAAUUUUAAAAGAUGCUCUCAGAGGGUUACGAUUUCUAGAGAGUUUCAAUCCUUUUUGAAUGUGUAUCAAAUUUAAUGAAUCUAUCUUCUACUUAAAAUUCUUAAGGUUACAUCUAGCUUGAAAAAACUGUUUCACCAUACUUUGAUAAGAUUAUAUCAUAGUUUAUUUCAGAUUUAAUCAACUACGUAUUGCAAACUUACUCUAUCAUUAUUAGAAAUACCAACAAUAUAGACAAAAACAACUUUAAAAUUAUUUUCGAAUCACUCAUCAAUCCCACCAACUGGACCUAAGAUAAUGUCUCAAUAUUCCCUUCCUUCAUUAUCUACAUACAAUCUUACAUUUAUAGAAUUCCUAGCAUAAUUGUCACCUACAAGACCUAGUUAGAAUAAAUCUUUGUUUAGUUCUUGAAGUUAAAGCAAGAUACUCAAUUUUUCGAGUUCGCUAGAAUUUUCAUCUAGCAAUUCUAAUUAGAUGAAUUAAGACAAAGCGGAUGGUUACAAUUCUUCAUUCAAACUUGCCUUAACUUCUACUCUGAACUUGCUAAAGAAAACAAGCAAGUUACAUCAAAGAGCAAAGGAUCAAAGCCUAUCUUCGUUAAGAACUUUAUUGUAUUCAUAAGCUAUUUAAUAUAAAAGUACACCACCCAACAAAUCCUGGUAGAUUUCAAUGCUGUUCAACAAGACUCUGUCAUAAAUAUUUUAAUAGAAGAAAUUAAUUUAAUUAAAAAUAUAUCUGACCUCAAUGAAAAGAAGGUCAUUUUUACUGCUUUGAUGGACAUUCUCUUCAACAACACAAGUGCUAUUUCCUUAUAAGCUUUCUCUCUAUUAUUAAAUGCUAUAAUUGAAAACUUGGGCACUCGUCGUUUCAGACCUGCUCGUUAUACAGAAUAAAGAGAUAACCUAAACUCAAUGGGAGGAUCAGGAUUCCAGAGACUCUCUUGUUUAAAAGAAAAGAACACUUUGAUUCCAGAAAUCUAAAACUUAGAUCAGUUCUUUGCAUAAUAAUUUAAUUUGUUCUACAGCAAUCCUACAAUCAAGAACUCAUUAAACAUGGCAGAGAUAUUAAAUUUAAAAAAUUAAGAAACUCUAUCAAAGUUAAUCACUUAAGGACAAUCAAAGUGA